CCUCCGGGGGUUGCAAAGGUAGUUCAAACCCCUCCAGUCAUCUCGGCUUAUCAGCCAAAGGAGAUGCAUUCCUCUGGGCUGCUCCCUUUAUAAGUCACUGCUGGCCAGGCGCCCGCUCGCCGCUCCGCAGCCUCCGCGCCGGCAGCGCUGCCUCCUGCCCGCGCUGCCUGCCUGCUGCCCGCUCGCUGCCCACCAUGCCCUAGCCCGGGACCCGCUCGCCCGCCGGGGGACACGCAGCAGCCCGGGGAGGGCUGGCAGCGAUGGCACCCCCGUCCCCCGCCCGCCCCUGAGGGCGGCUGCUGCCGGGAUGUUCAGCUGGCACCGGAGCUUCACCCUGGCAGCGCCCUGGAGGAGAGCAGGUAAGAAGAGCCCACGUGCUGAGGACAAAGUCGUGCUAACACAUAUGAAGAUACUGAGCAAUGAAGGAAUUCAAAACCCAGGGUUAAUCCCAGAGGCUCCAGCUGACACAGCCUGCACAGAAGAGUCCCAUCUCCCCGGCACCAGCCUCCCACCGGACUGUCAGGGAAAUCCCAAUGCCGCAGCUGCACUGGCAGAUCCGGACUAUGCAGAUGCCCCAGCAAGCACAGACUAUGUAGCCACCCUGCCUGACCUCAGCACCUUUGAAUCCAAGUGCCGACUUCACAGAUUCUCCAAAUUUGAAUCCGAGGACUCAGGGGUUGAAUUGCCAAGUGGGGCUAAUUCUCCAUCAACGCCGACAGGUUCAGAGAAGAGCUUUGUGCUUCCCAGCAGAGACUCAUUUUGUGACUCGGGCGUGCUUAGCACCUCUUCUUCUCCAGAAAUUGACCAUCUGAUAAUGAGAACAUGUAAAGAGCGUGCCAGAAAUGUCAGCCACCAAGAUCCAGAGAGUGAAAAGCAAGCUGAGUACUACAGUCAGGAGGCAGACGCUGUGCAGGGUCCUACAGCUUCCUUAGAAGACUUCAGCGUCCCUCAGGAAGAAAGUCAUGGUGAACAUUUUGACCAAAGCGAAAGGCAAUCUCUGGAAAAGGAACCUACCCCAGAGACAGACGUUCCCAGGGAAAACACUCUUCCCACCCCACCUCCCACAGAAGAGCCAAAGACAAUUACUGACAAUUUCCCGGAGAAUUUUGGCAGCAUGCAAGACCUUCAGAUCCAUGGUCAUCAGCUGAAGAAGUACCCCACAAGUGACAGUCUGGAUGAAUACAUGGAUGAAUGCUGUAGACUGAGUGAGGUGAACCAAGGUAACAGCAAAGUCCUGGGAUCUGGUCUGGGAUACCUGGAACACAUUUGCCAACUGAUUGAGAAGAUUGGGCAGCUGCAGGAGCACAACCUGCGUCUCCAAAAGCAAGUGUGCAACUUGCAGAAAGAGCAGAAGAUGAGGCAGAUAAAGGAGGAGUACCUUCUGCAACAUUGCUCCUGUGGAGCUGCCAGCAUCUUCCUCCACUCGUACCAAGACGUGAAGACGUUGUUUGCUGGGAGAAGCAGACCUCACAGCCUCUUGGUUCAGACUGGAAACCCUUCUGAUCUUUCCAUCAUCCCAGAAAUAGGAGCAAACACUGAAAAGCUGAGCAAUGGAGGUGAGAGAUACCCAGAGUCAGGAAACAGCCAGCCGAUGGUGGGGCUCAGGAAGUCGUCAAACAAUAGGAACAACAAGGAGAAUGAGUUCAGAGAAGCUGGUAGCAUGGCUGAGGGACAGGCUUUUCCAUCAAAGGACCCUGCAGUAAGAAAGGGUCUGGACGUCAGCAGGAACAUCUCGGGUGAGGGCCAUGCUUGGGGGAGAAUGAGGGAUCUUAUGAGGAAGACACGGCUGAGAAACCAGAACAAGCUGGGGCUGUCCUCUGCUGCUCUGAAGAGGUCCUGCCCACAGUUGUACAGGCCAGAUAUUAUGCCUUCGGAGCUGAGGAAAACUGAGAGGAACUCCAUGAUCGUUCUGGGGCAAAAUACAAAGAAUGAAAACAUAUGGCCUUUCUGAUAACCCAAGUUAAAUGGAACAAGAAAGGCAAAAUGGGAAACACCAACGGACACAAACCCAAGAACCCCGGGGUUACUUUGUGCAGUCUGCAUCCUACAGUUGUCAACAGAGCAACUCCAAUUUGAGCGUUGGAAGGAAAAGAGGGAAGGGGGAGGUUGAGAAGGGUCUGUGGACAGAUGCAUGCUCAGAUAUGUACGGCUUCGCUGCUGAAUCUGAAGUACACUUAUAAAAGUCAAGCUACAGAUGAAAAUUGCUGUUAGCAUCUUGGCAACAUAAGCAACAGAGACUUUUAAGUAAGAUUUGGAAAUUCUUCCUCCUCUCUGGAUUAGGAACAGAAUUACCUAAAACGUUGAAGCUUUUAAGUUAUCAUUGCUUUCUGGGGACCUUCCCCAGAUGAAAUAAACUUAACCUUAUGGGACACAGCAGCAUCUAGAAGAGUGCCAGGGACUCCCUGCCUGGUGCAGAAGCAGCUGUUGGAAGGACAGCCUCCUCCCUCUGGGGGGGUUGAGUUGCAGUCUCUGCGUGUCCCCAACACAUCUCCUCCCUCCAGAGCAGCGUCUGGCCAGCUGUGCCAUUUUACUGGAAUCCAACAGGAAAAUCAAGCCUGUAAAGCCAAGACUUCCUACGAAGCCAUUCCUGAAUCCACCACUAGCUUCUAAAUUCCUGCUGCAGAGGUCCCUCAACUCCAGCACUACCCUACGCAGAAGUCGGCAUCGUGCAGGCUCAUAGCAGAGACCAGAACGAGGGGCACUGCGGGAACCAGCCUUUCAAGAGACUGGAAGCUGCAUUCAAGGCAACGCCUCAGCUUCACCAGGCAGCCCAGCUCCUGUGUUAUCAAUCUUUCAGGGGGGCAGGGGGGAACCAGGCUUGAAUUCCUACUUUUAAGUUACAAGUUAAAUCCUCUGGCUGUGCAGGUGAGGGCCUGAGGCUGCAGGUGGGGUAGUCACACUGCGCUAUUGCUCAGCGUGAGCUCUCUCUGCUGGGAAAAGGCAACGGGGAGAGCCGAGCUGCAAGGAAGUGUUAUUCCAAUGCAUACAACCUUUACAAGCUGCUGCUCUUUUGGGCCAUGUUAACCAACUGCGUAACACCACGGCCACGCGUGGUGGCUACCUUAUUGCCACACAUCCACCGAUUCCAGACUCAAGGGUCAGGCAGCACCCGCUUCCGAAGGUUCCGUGGUUGCAGUGGUCUCUGCACACCAGCUGUUAUUGGUACUAGCACAGGAACGGAUGCAUGUGGAGUAAAGAUUUAAAUAAACCAACUUUGCCUCUCAUUAAAACAUUAUUCUAACCCCUAAAUUACAAUAUAAUUACAAGUCAGGCAAUCACUGUUUAAAAAUCCUUCCUCAACCCAAACUUGCCUGGUAUCCAAGAUUUGAGAAGCUGACAGGAAUGGAUCACCUUGAGCAGGUUUAGCCUUUCAGUAACAGAUGCUUCCCCCUUGCUCGCCCAGAUCAGCUGGAGCACUCACAGUCCUCAAUACCAGAGCAGGAUCUCUUCCAAGAUUCAAAGCACCCCAGCCACACUUUCCCAGAGAAGCUGUAGUUGCAGGGGUGAGUGAAGGCAGCAGCCCAGGCCUGGUCCUCCAAGUACUUAGAGGGGUUGGUACUUAGCACCUCCAGGAGUAAUAAAAAAAAAACAACAACCAACAAACCACAAUCAAAAAAAAAUAUGGUCUGUGCUGACUCAAAGUUAGCACCCUAAAGUAGGUGCUGUGUUUAAUAUUUCAGUUGUAGCUGCUGCUGCGGAACUUGGUUAUUCACUGUAUAUCUUGCUAGCUUCAUACAAAGCUAGAAAGAUUUAUAACUUGAUUAUUCUGUGAAUAGUCUGUAUAUCUCCAUAAAUACAGGGGACUAAAAUCCUGCAUUUACUUACAUCCUCCAUUAUCCCUCAAGCUUUACAGAGACUGUAAGGAACGUGAAUCAGUGCAAACUGAAUUUAAAGUGUUUUAAGAGGUAGUAUCAUGAACUGGUAUUCCCCACCACCACCUCCAUUCACAUUAUAGGUUUGUCGGGGUUUUUUUUUUUUUAUUU